AUGUCUGACACCCACUUCCACGCUCUACCCGACUCGGUGCACGGAGCAGAGGAUGUUUUCCAUCCUCCUGCCCGUCUUCAAGGAGAAGGUGGCAGACCCAAACCCCACGUUGGACCCGACUACAAGGCCUACCUUGCUGAAUACAACAAGACAGUAGGCAAAGACAGUGAUGAAUGGUGGGGCAAAGUAGCUCGAGAGCUAGAUUGGUACACACCAUUCAAGACUGUCCGAGCUGGAGGCUUCGAGCAUGGAGAUAUUCAGUGGUUCCCCGAAGGAACCCUCAAUGCCUCUUACAAUUGUCUUGAUCGACACUUUUACAAGAACCCAGAGAAGACAGCCAUUAUUUACGAAGCGGAUGAAUCGUCCGAAGCGAGAGAAAUCAGCUAUGCUGAACUCAUGCGAGAGACUUGCCGAGUCGCCAAUGUUCUCAAAUCGUGGGGAGUGAAGAAGGGUGAUGCCGUGUCAAUCUACCUUCCCAUGACUUGGCAAGCCGCUGCUGCUUUCCUCGCUUGUGCACGUAUCGGUGCCGUGCACUCGGCCGUCUUUGCCGGUUUCAGUGCAGAGUCCCUGCGAGACCGAGUCAACGAUUGUGAAUGCAAGGUCGUCAUCACCACCGAUGAGGGCAAGCGAGGAGGCAAGACCAUUGCCACCAAGCAAAUUGUCGAUGCUGCCCUAAAGCAGUGCCCUUUGGUCGAGAAAGUGCUUGUUCUCCGAAGAACAGGCAACAAUGUUCCCAUGACUGAGGGACGAGACAUGUGGUGGGACGAGGAGUGUGCCAAGGUGCCCACUUAUGCUCCCUGUGAACACAUGAACGCCGAAGACCCACUAUUCAUCCUCUACACCUCUGGAUCCACCGGAAAGCCAAAAGGAGUCGUUCACUGCACUGGAGGAUACUUGCUUGGAGCCUAUCUCACCGUCAAGUACGUCUUUGACACUCAUCCAGAGGACAAGUUCGCCUGCAUGGCCGAUGUCGGUUGGAUCACUGGACACACCUAUAUUGUCUAUGGACCUUUGGCCAACGGUAUCACCACCACCGUUUUUGAAUCCACUCCAGUCUACCCUACCGCUUCCCGAUACUGGGACUUUGUCGACAAGUGGAAGGCCACACACUUGUACACUGCACCCACGGCCAUUCGUCUCCUCAGAAGAAUGGGCGAAGACUUUGUGAAGAACCACGACCUGUCUUCCCUGCGUGUUCUCGGAUCAGUUGGAGAGCCCAUCAACCCUGAAGCAUGGCACUGGUAUCACGAAUUUGCAGGCAAGAAGCAAUGUGCCAUCGUGGAUACCUACUGGAUGACAGAGACUGGAUCCAUUGCCGUUACUCCCCUGCCAGGUGCUAUUCCAACCAAACCUGGAUCCGCUACUUUCCCCUUCUUCGGUUUCGAUCUCGACAUCAUUGACCCUCAGAGUGGCAAGGUGCUCGAGGGAAACGAUGUCGAGGGUGUCUUGGUUGCGAAGAGACCAUGGCCAUCAAUCGCCAGAACCGUCUUCAGGGAUCACAAGCGAUACCUUGAGACAUACAUGAAGCCUUAUCCUGGAUAUUUCUUCUUUGGGGAUGGUGCUGGCAGAGACAAGGAUGGAUAUAUCUGGAUUAAGGGUCGUGUGGAUGAUGUCAUCAACGUCUCCGGUCACCGCUUGUCCACCGCCGAAGUCGAGUCGGCGCUUAUUCUUCACAAGGGCGUCGCUGAGACUGCCGUUGUCGGAGCCGCCGAUGAGAUCACCGGUCAGGCUGUCUUUGCUUUCGUCACGAUGAAGCCAGAAUUCGACACCCAAAGCACAAACGAGGCGGAUCUGACCAAAGAACUCGCUAUCCAGGUGCGGAAGGUUAUCGGACCAUUCGCUGCCCCUAAGAAGAUUUACCUCGUCGGAGACUUGCCAAAGACUCGUUCUGGAAAGAUUAUGCGACGGAUCUUGCGAAAGGUGGUCGCAGGCGAAGCCGACCAACUGGGAGAUCUUUCAUCUAUCGCUGAUCCUGGAGUUGUGGAUGAGAUCAUCGCAAAGGUUGGAGGAAAGAAGUAA